AUGUCUAUCACGUACAGGGAGCUGGCUUCCGCGGCCUCGACUGCAGGUUUCACACGAAACUUCCGCCACCUGCUCCCCGUGCCCCGGUUUCUCGUUCGCGGCCCCUUUAUGCCUGGUCAGCCUGUCCCCAAGGAUACCAAGCUCAAGGACAGGAUUAAGUACUGGAACAUCGUGCCCGGAGACUUUGUGAAGCUGCGGGGAGACACGAAUGGUACCUUGCACGAGGUGCAUAAGGUGAACAAGCUCAGCAACAGGGUCAUUCUGAAGCGGGAGAUCAACAAGGCGGUAAGUACAACCGGUCUGUCAGUCCCAUAUGCACAAUGCCAGCUCCUCGUCGGCAAGUACGAGUACCCUCCUGAAGACGACUCGACAGAGCCUACGUUGAAAAAUGUUUUCGCGUCGCGCCUCACAAUGUCGAAGCCCUACUACUACCGGAAGGGCGGCUUCUGGAUAUGGCGGCGUUACGCCGUGAAUACCAUCCCGCGGUUACCGAACUACACCGACCGGACCCAUGUCUCCAUCCGUAUACCAUGGCCCAAGCGGAACGCCAUCACGAGGCCUGAUCCGACUCCAUACGACACCACCGAGGAUGAUGCUCUGGCAGUGACCUACACCCCUCCUUCCCUACCCGCCACCUUCCUUUCCCCCGCUCCUCGGAUACCUACUGAGCAGGAGUACAUCAACUUCCUCUACAAGGCCGGAAAACCCCGGAUCCGCCCUUCCGACCCGAUCGAGGUGCACGUCCACAAGGAGCUUUCGAACCCCCACGGGCGCGCCAAGAAGCAGGCGCGCUGGCAGGCUUUCCAGGCCCGCCAAAAGGCACUCCUGCAGGAGUACAUCGAUGCGGAGUACGCUAACCUAGCGGGCCGCACAAAGAAGGAGGCGCGUGCGGAGGCGACGUGGAAGUGGCAGCAGCGGCUCGCGGACGACCGCAAGGCGGAGCUGACGCGGCGCUGGCGUAAUCGCGGAGAGGAGGCGAGUCUGAAGAGGAAGAUGCAGCGCAAACAGCGCAAGGCGAUCAGGCGUAGCCAGAAGCUGCGCAACUUGGUGCUCGAGGAGGCCAAGAACCAGAUCGUGCCGCAGGCUGCGUAG